GAAUAGAACCUUGGGAUAACAUAGUGCAGCUGCCUUCGCUGUUCAGUUAGUGGGUCAUGGGGGAGGUAAAUAAAGAAAGAUUAAAGAGAGCUAACUUAUAAAUACAAGCAAGAUACCCAGCGCGGGCCCAGCCGUGGUAUUUGAGACGUUUUGGGUUCAUCUUUCCGGGCCAGUUGUUUCUGUGCCUGUGAUUUUGUGUUUUGGCUGUAUGCGCUCUAUUAUUCGUCAAGACGAGUGAUUUUCAAGGGAGGGAGGAAAGGUCUACCGAAUCGCCAGUAAGGUGGUCUAAUUGAGACAGAGCUGCGUUGCCAUGGCGAUGCGGGAGCUGGUGGAAGCGGAGUGUGGGGGAGCCAAUCCCCUCAUGAAGCUGACUGGUCACAUGACACAAGAAGGAGGGCCUUGGAGGCAUCGGGCAACGCCCAAUCUUCCUCCUACACCCAUUGAGAUAGCAACUGAGGAAGAGUUGGUGAACGAGUUCCUGCAGGCCCCUCCACGGCCUCCUCAUAGCUUUGACAUGGGGCAGCUUUUGGAGGAGAUGCAGCAGAUUGACCAACAGAGCUACAGACAAGCCCCACAGCGAGCGCCUGGAGUGGCUGCGUUGGCGCUGUCUGGCGACUGGGCCUCAGAGUUUGUAGCUGGCGCUGAUGCCGCCUCCUCGUCAGGGCAGGUGGGCCUGGGCGAAGGAGCCGAUGCUGAUUGGACAAAGGAAUUCAUCAGUGAAGUGGCAGAUCCUGGUCGUUGGGCUGAGGAGUAUCUGGAACAAUCAGAGGAGAAGCUGUGGCUAGGAGACCUUGGCGAGAAAGAGAGAGACAAAGAAUGGACACAAGAAUACCAGCCCGGAGAUGAGCUCAAACAAACAGCCAAUGAACUUCUUGCGAAAGUGGAUGACCCUAAGCUACAGAACACAGAAUUCCUGCGGUUCAUUAGGCAAAUUGGCGAGGGAAGUGUGACUGUGGAAGACAGUGCAGGCAAACAGGACACAGAUAGAGCUCAGGCCAAGGAGGCACAGCGCUGGGCCUCAAGCCUCAACCAGCUCCUGGAGGGCGGGGCACUAACUGUGCCAGUGGAGACGAAAGAGGGAAAAGUGGAGAAAGACCAAGUAAAAGCCAAAGAGGCACACCAGUGGGCUAACCUCGUCAAGCAGGUGUCGGCGGAGUCGGCUGAAUCGUGGGUAGAUGAGUUUGCCACGGCAGGACCAGAUUUCCAGCAGGCAAAAGCUGCAGUGGAGAGCGAUGUGGAUUUUUGGGAGAAGCUGCAGCAGGAGUGGGAAGAGAUGGCCAAGAGGGAUGCGGAGAGCCACCCCUGGCUGUCCGAUUUUGACCAACUGCUCAGCACCUCCUACGACAAGGGAUAUCAGUUUGAGGAGGAGAACCCAUACAUGUCCCAUGACAGUCCCCUGGCUGAGGGGAUCAAGAGGAUGGAGGCAGGAGACAUACCGGGGGCGGUGCUGCUCUUUGAGAGUGCAGUGCAACGGGAACCAGACAACCAGCUGGCUUGGCAAUAUCUGGGAACCUGUCAAGCAGAAAAUGAACAAGAAUUUGCUGCUAUAAGUGCCCUCCGCAGAUGUAUAGAUCUGAAGAAGGACAACUUGACUGCGCUGAUGGCUUUGGCUGUCAGCUUCACCAACGAAUCGCUGCACAGGCAGGCCUGUGAGACGCUGCGCGAUUGGUUGAGGCACAAUCCCAAGUACCGCCACAUCCUGGAGCAGAGCGAACGGGAGAAGGAGAGGGACGGCGCUCGAGAGAGGGAGAAGGAGAGGGAGCGAUUUGGAUCCCUUUUGCCUGAGGGUCUGUUCACGGAGGUCCAGUCCCUGUUCCUGAGUGCAGCAGCUUCUGACCCCAACCAUGUGGACCCUCAGCUGCAGUGUGGCCUGGGCGUACUCUUUAACCUGAGUGGCGACUAUGACAAAGCUGUGGACUGUUUCACCGCCGCUCUGUCGGUCACCCCACAGGACUACUUGCUGUGGAACAAACUAGGUGCCACCCUGGCCAAUGGGAGCCGCUCCGAGGAGGCUGUCGACGCCUACAGGAGAGCCCUGGAACUGCAGCCUGGAUUUGUGCGCAGCCGCUACAACCUGGGCAUCAGCUGUGUCAACCUUGGAGCUCACAGAGAGGCGGUGGAGCACUUUUUGGAGGCUUUAUCCCUCCAGCGGCAGGCUUCUGUGGAGGGGCCUGUGGGCAGGGCCGGCGCCGCGGCAACCAUGAUGUCCGACAACAUCUGGUCCACUCUGCGCAUGGCCCUGAGCAUGAUGGGAGAGAGCUCGCUGUACGCUGCGGCAGAUCGCCGCGACCUGGACACUCUACUCGCACACUUCUGCCAACGGGAGGGGGAGCCUGGACCAGAAUGAAGGGGAGAAGGGGAGGGCGGAGGAGAGGGGAGCAGAGAGGUGGAGUGUGAGUGUGGGGAGAGGUGUUUUGGAAAGGUGGAGUGCAGGAGGGGGAAAACAGGAGGAGAGGAGUAAUCAUGAUGAAGUGAAUGAAAAGCCACAUUGGCUUAGAAACCUGAAGCUUUCACUCAACUCACUGCAUUUUAGGAACAUCAAACAGGGCUGCUCUUGCUAAAGUCUAAAGGUAAAAUAGUCAGCAUAAAACCCAUGGUAAUCGAUGGACAGUGGCUGAAGCUGACAUUUACCUAGACCUGCUCAACCAAGCCAAUCCCUCCCCGACACAACCUGAAAAGAAGGACGGGAUUACACACAGUCUCUACAGCACAGAGGAAAACAUGGGCUGAGACAAAAAAAAGAAACAUGAGGAAGAGGAAAGGGAACAGGUACUAGGAACUACAUGUGGUCACAUGAGUUAGAAGUAUGUAUUCUGUAUUCUCUGAUCAGUUUCUUCAGAUAUUGCUCAUGUUGUAAAAUAAUUUGCCCAAUUGUAAAUGCUAAUAACCAUAUCAUGUAUUGUACUAUAAUUAUUGUCUUAUUACUGUUUUCAGUAUAGUCCGCCCAAACUUAAUUAGCUAUGUAAUCCAAGCAAUAAAGCUUUGACAUUAAAACGGUAUGUAAAACAGUAAUGACUGACUAAUUACCCUUAGAUGAGUAACAUACAUUUUGCGGUUAUUUUCAAAUAUGUAAGUUCAAGUCAUUUCAACUGAUCAAAAAACUCUGUAAAAUGGUGCAUAUUUGAAAUACAAGUUGUUAUCAUAAUAACAUGUUUUGAAUGCUUGUCACUGUUAACUAAAGCAUUUUUUAC